GCCUACCUCUCCGCAGCAAUCUGGACUGCUCCUUGAUACCCGCGAAGAUCGCCAUCUGCGCCUUAAUUAAUCUCAAACUUCCCUCGUCCCCGACAUGGGAACUUGAUUCUUUCCCUUGCCGUCUCCGCGUCGAAUCCUACACCAACGGCGCGCGCACACCCUUCGGCCCUCCCCCGAUGACGCUGCCGCCAGCUCCUCACCAUGGACGAAUGGAAACCAAAGCCCCGCUCCCGGCGCAUGGCCGCCUUUCGCCGCAACCCCACGCCGACCUUUAAGCUUCUGGCCGCCGUCCUCAUCAUCACCUUCUACCUCCUCUACGUCAGCAUCUACGGAGUCGCGUCGCCCGUCGAUGAGACCUCGCACGACUUGAUAGGCCCCGUGAUACAACACCGACCAUGGACUGGGCCCAGCGGACGCGCAGACGAGGCAAAGACGAAGAAGGUGGCCGAGGCCAUGAAAUAUACUUUCGCAAAAUACAAACAGCGCGCAUGGGGCUACGACGACAUACUGCCGGUCAGUGGAGGGAAGCAUAAUAGCAGGAAUGGCUGGGGCGCAUUCAUCGUGGAUUCGGCCAGCACUCUGGCCCUCAUGGGCUUGUGGGACGAAUUCAUGCUUUCUCUGGAUCACAUUAUCGAUAUCGAUUUCUCCACCGCCGAAGGACUUGUGGAUCCUUUUGAGACAACAAUUCGCUAUGUUGGCGGCAUUGUCUCGCUGAUUGAUCUUAUUGACGCAGGCGUCGUACCGCCAAAGCUCGUCACAGGGGAGCAGCGCCUUGCCCUUUUGUCUCAAGCGACCAUUCUGGCCAACAAACUCGCUCCAGCCUAUGAUAGCCCUACUGGAAUGCCGUAUCCUAGAGUCAACUUCAAAAAAGACAUAGGCCAAGGGGAUCCGCCGGAGCUGUACGAGAAGUAUCCUGAUAAAGUCCGGUACGAAAAUCCAUCCAUUGGCCCUGCGCGUGCCGGAUCGAAUCUUCUCGAGUACCGCACACUCACCAGGCUGAACGGCAUCGAGGACUACUUUGCCAACGCGUCUCUCUCCUGGGCUCCACUUGUCUGGGACAAAUACAUUCAAAAACCGCCCGGCCUCAUUUCCGCCCCCAUCGACAUCACAACCGGCGCGCCUGUCGGGCGUCAACGUCACUGGGACGCCGGCCACGACAGCUACUACGAGUACCUGAUCAAAGCGGCGAUCCUCGCGCCCAAAGACCGCUAUUCGAAAGCCUACGAGGAGCGCUGGCUGCAAGCCGUGGACGCGCUCCGGCACUCGCUCGCCACACGCUCCAGCUACGCCGACAACUACAACCCACAGCACCUCUUCAUCGGCAAGCUAGACGGGGAGUGGUACCUCAACGAGCAGUCACACCUGGCGUGCUUCGCGCCGGGGAACCUCAUGCUCGGGGCGUCGUACCUGGCCAAGCCGGCGCUGAUCAAGACGGCGCAAGCGCUGCUCGAGGCCUGCCACCACACGUACGCGAGCACGUCCACGGGCAUCGGCCCCGAGCUCUGGAGCUGGGAGCCCAUGAGCAACCUGCCGCCCGGGACCUUCUCGCCGCAGUCGCCGCGCCAGCGCCUCGAGCUUGCCCACCACGGCUUCUGGGUCGUCGACCCGAGCUUCCGCCUGCGGCCCGAGUACGUCGAGUCCCUGUUCUACGCGUGGCGCAUCACCGGCCAGAAGCGCUACCGCGACUGGGCCUGGGACGCCUUCCUCGCCAUGGAGAAACACUGCAAGACGGACUUUGGCUAUGCGGCGCUGCAGGACGUCAUGGCGGGCGGUGAGGGCAAGAGGAGGGUCAAGCAUUUGGAUGAGUCGGAGAGUUUCUGGGCCGCUGAGACGCUGAAAUAUAUCUUCUUGACGUUGACAGAUGUUAAUGUGGGGAGCUUGGAUGAGUGGGUGUUUAGUACUGAGGGGCAUCCGUUUAGGAUGAUUCGGUAGGUUGUUGUGAGCGUUGUUGUGUACGGGAGUGUUGUGUGUGUGUGUUGAUGAGGAGGGAAUAUAUGGCAAGGGAGGGAUUACCGUUCCCUGUCUGUUUGGCAUGGCGGAGUUGGGUUUGAGCAUUUUAAGCCUGUCACGGGUUCAAUGAGUGUACAGUGCACGGAGAGAUACCCAGGCGCGCAGCACGAGAAAAUGAAACGAUAGGUCUUGUAUACUAGGUUCGUGGGAAUCAUUGCAUUUAUCCUAAUGAGGCCGGUUCAUAGGGGCUCUGUGGC